AUGUACUCUAAAAGGCAUUUAAAACGCCUAGUGAAUAAAAAAUUAAAUAAUUUAUACAAGCAGAAAAACAUGGAACAAAGAAUACGGAAGCUAGAGGAAAUAUCGGCGCAGAACACUAUACUCCUGGAGCGGAUUAUUGACAUAUUGCAACCGAAGACGAUUGAAUUAAUGAUAUUUCCUAUUAAAAACAUAAAUGAUUUAGCAUCUGCCGAGUCCUUGCUUUUGAAUAAGCCUGAGGCAGAAAUUAUGGCGUAUCAGAAGCAAAAAUUUUCAAAGAGGCCCCUAUCAAAAAUUUUGGAUGAAGUGAUUGCGGAGUCCCUGCUCUUAAAAGUGAAUUGGGAUGGAGCCAAAAAAAAAGUUGCAUUGAAGAAUUAUGCUCUUUUCAAUAAAUUUCUUUGCGAGGCCUUAAAAGAUGAUUACUCAUACCCUGAUUUUGGGGCAAAGAUCAAAAAGGCGUUUCUCAAAUGUAAGGUUCAGUUCUACAGGAACACUUAUAAUAUAAAAAAAUAA